GCAUAAGCUUAUCUGAUGGAGCAUCCAGAAAAGAAAAGAAAGAAGGAACAACCAACAAAACUAGCGAACCAUCAGCAGCAAUCAAAACCUCCAUUCCAAGCAUCAACAAGAAAGAAAACAGCAGGAGGCACCCAAAACAAAACAAGAAGCAGACCAGGCUCCAGCAAGCCCAAGCAGCAACAGGUCAAGACAAACACUAGGAACACGCCACAUGCCCAUAGGUGGAAGGUCCAGCAAGCAGAAAUGCAGCAAAGGGAGAGAAUCCUCCACAGGUGGAACACCCAACAUGUGUUACAACAUGGCCCUGUAAGCUUGCCCACAUAGUGAUACAAAGCACAAGCCAACCCCGGCAAGCAGAACAACCAACAACAACAAACAAACAGCACCCACACAGCACGAAACCCG